ACGGCUUCCCUUCCUCAGCUCGGCGGCAGGGGCUCCCCCUCGGCCGCUGCCGCCGCCGCCGCCGCCGCCGGCCGAUCCUCGCCGCGUCCGCGGCCCGCGGCCGCCAUGCAGUUUAUGUUGCUUUUUAGUCGUCAGGGAAAGCUUCGACUGCAGAAAUGGUAUGUCCCACUGUCAGACAAAGAGAAGAAAAAGAUCACAAGAGAACUUGUUCAAACCGUUUUAGCAAGGAAACCUAAAAUGUGCAGCUUCCUUGAGUGGCGAGAUCUGAAGAUUGUUUACAAAAGAUAUGCUAGUCUGUAUUUUUGCUGUGCUAUUGAGGAUCAGGACAAUGAACUAAUUACCCUGGAAAUAAUUCAUCGUUACGUGGAAUUACUUGACAAGUAUUUUGGCAGUGUGUGUGAACUUGAUAUCAUCUUUAAUUUUGAGAAGGCCUAUUUUAUUUUGGAUGAAUUUCUUUUGGGAGGGGAAGUUCAGGAAACAUCCAAGAAAAAUGUCCUUAAAGCAAUUGAACAGGCCGAUCUCCUGCAGGAGAACAGAAUACGUAUCACAGCAAGAGUUUCAAUGGGUGGUCUAAGAAAAAACCUGUACUAGAAUACAUGCUGGAGUGCUGACAUGCAUCAAAACGUAGUAGGAUAUAUGAAUUCAGUUGACAGUUAUAAUUUUGUCAAGCUUGUUAUAUUUUAGCAUUACUUAGAAAGCCUAAAUUACAUUAAAUCCCAAGGGAUAGUCCCAAUUAUUUCAUUAAACUGAUGCUUUCAUAGGGAAUUUUGCUCUGAUAGUGAUCAGUCACUGGGGCUUGUAAUUUAUUUUCUACAGAGAAUACUGAAAUAGGUUUAGAGGUUCACAAACAAAAAGAUAUUUAUUAAAUACUGUGAUUUGCUAAUACCAUCGGUAAAGUAGAAUUUCCCUAUGAAAACAAAAGCUUCUGUAAGGAAUUGAAUUGGGGGUUGUUAUUAAUAUUUAUUUUAAUUGCUUGCUGUUUAAUUUCACUACUGUCUUUUGAGUGGAGAAAAACGGGCAGCUAUCUCCUUAAAAUGUUUAUGACUGGAUUUUAUCCUCAGAUAUUACUGUAUUUAAUGGUUGUAUAAAUGUAGGAAUGUUAUUUUUGGAGGGACAGUUUACAUGCUUUUGUAGCCAAAUAUCUCAGAGUUCAAGCUUGAAUAAAUAUAAAAUGGAAUAGACAGAAUUUUCCGUGUUAUUUCAGGAAAUUGGGGCAGGGGCAGACAGGAUCAGUUUAAAUCCCAUUUCAGGUUACCUUUUUUGCCUUGUUGACGUGAGAAACAUCUUGAGAUAAAUUUGUAGGUAUACGCAUUUAAACAGUUUUGUUUGGAGAGUUCUCUAAAAGUCUAAUUUUGAGGAUUUCAAAAAAGUUAAUAUCUUUAUUUUCAAAGUCAUAUUCAUUGGACUUACUGUUUUGUAGCUAAGUGAACAGUUAAAAGCCUUUAUUGUUAUUUAAAAUACCAUAUGCAUGACUACUUCCAUUUUUCUCUUGGAAGAUUUUCCUCUAGGAUCCCCUGCUUCACGUGAUAAAAUCCUGAUGAACUUAAGAUACUGGUGGAAGGAUUUAUUCUGUUUUUUCAGUUAACUCGGCCCUGACUAGGUGACUUAAACUGAAAAUCUUUUCAGAGUAUUACUAGUAAAUAUAAAUAGGAUAUUUUUGGGUGUAGGUGAUCACCUUGUUUAUCAUUAUAUAAAGUUAUAGAAAUAAAUCUGAACUCCUAGGGAUUAAGAAGUUACGUGUUUAGCCAUAAACCAAAGAACAAAAGCAACCAAAAACUUAAGUUUUAGGCAACUUUACCAUGAACUAAAUAUUCUAGAAAUCUGAUUGUGUCUGUACCAGUUUGUGUACUCUGUGUAAGAAUAUAUGCAUUUCUCUUGUAGCCACGUCAUGAAUAUUUUAAUGUCCCUGUGUACUAAAUGACUACUCAUCAAGUAUGCAGAAUUUCCCAGAGGAAAUAAGAGAGCUGAUAUACUUAUGAAAGAAAAUGUCCUCAGCAUGGUGACGGGUUGUCAUGUAAAAUAAUCAUACAACAUUUCAGAACUAAUAUCUUACAAUUGUAUUUUUUCGUUGGUAAUUUUCUUUCCUGUUUUCAAUCUAUAUGUGAUCUUGAUAUAGCUUAUUCCUGUCCACAACUGGUUUAAUUUCUUCUUCACAAAAUAUGUCCUAUGUACUUUUAUCUCAGACACAUACACACAUAUCUGUGAUUAAUCUUGUAAGAGAAAAACACAGCAAUCGUUAAUGUUACCAAAGAAAAUAUGGCUGAAGGGCUCCAUCAAAAUAAGCAAUGCCAUAAUACUGAGAGUGGCUUGUUGUUCAACUGUUGAAGAAAACAACUAUAUUUAGUGUGAUUAUUUUAUAGUCUAUAUAAGUUGAUGUUAUUUAAUGCUUUGUUAACUAUAGUUUUAUAUUUCUGAAUACUAAAACCUUUAACAUCUAUCACUAUUGUGUAUGCUUUUAAUAAAACAUAUAGCAUAUUUUAUUGUAAAAGAAAAAGUACCAAAUAAUUCAUUGUUUGUAUCUACAGAAUUUAAGGCCUGAGUUAAGUAAGUUGUCAUUAAACAGUAGCUUCAGAAAUUACCCAAUCUGGUUUGCCACUGGAAGACUUACAAAAAUGUGUUGUGUGUUAGGCAGGUGUACAAAUCAGUUAUUUCCAUUCUUACCAUUCUUGUUUGUAAGACACUACAUUCAAAGCACUGGGAAACAUGGGUCUUUCAUUUCCUUUUCUCCCCCUCCAUCCCUCCCCUUGCCCUGCACUAUGUUGUUCAUCUGGUUUUAAUGCUGCAUAAAUAUGCAUUGUCUCAUGCCUGUUUGCUUUGGAUGCUGUGUGCUAAGUUGUAACAAAAUGUUGCUUCUUUCGUUAUCUGUAUACAGCUGCUUGCUUUAAAUUAGUAGAUUCUGAAAUACCUUUUCUUGCAUGUCUAAAAUAAAAGUAUUGCAUGUACUUCAUCUCA